UGUUUGUCAGUUUGUCAAAUUAUUGAACAAUUGAACAAAUGCUAUUUAAUAUUUUAUGUAAAAUUUUAUAAUUUAUAAAACUUGAUCGUAGAGCGGAAGGUCGUGGAUUAUCACGGAAACACAUAAUCGAAUCAGUCCAAGCAUCUUUAGUCAGGUUACAAUUAUCGUAUAUCGAUAUUGUAAUGAUUCAUAAAGUAGAUCCAAUGUGUCCCAUGGAAGAGAUAGUACGUGCUAUGAAUUACGUAAUAAGCAAAGGAUGGGUAAUGUAUUGGGGAACAUCUCGUUGGACUCCAGUCGAAAUUAUGGAAGCUUAUACGAAUUGCCGACAAUUUAAUUGUGUCACACCAAUUGUAGAACAAGCCGAAUAUCAUUUAUUUUAUAGAGAAAAACCAGAACUUUAUAUGCCAGAGUUAUAUAAUAAAAUCGGUGUUGGUCUGAUGGCAUGGUCCACGGUAACGAUUGGUAUGGUUUCCUCGAAACCUGAAGAUUGUGGUGUCUCCUUUUUUUCAAGAUCUUCCUAUAAGGUAAUACAUACAUAUACAACACGUUAACGGCGAUGGAAGAAUAUGUAGAAAGAUGACUAUUGCCACCGACUCUCUCUCGCAACGUUUAUUUUUUACUUCCAGAACAAGUAUUCGUCAUUCAGUUGGACAGAAGACGAAACACAAUCUUUGUAUAAA